CUGCUAAAUUGGGAAAAGGGGAUUUUUCCUGCAGGACCGUGAAUGCAGCAGCGGCUGUUGUAACGGUGUGUGUGUAUUUGACGCUCCGAGUCUCUGCAGUCGUCGAAAUUGAUGGAUAAACAUGAAAAGCUCCCCAGUACAGGCAGUGUUCAUGUGAAAAGUGAAAGCAGCAGCAGCAGCAGAGUCCGGAGCGGAGUGGCGGGAGCUGCAGCGGAGAUGGUUUGGCUGUCAUGAUUGCUCUCAUCUGGAUGCUGACAUGGCUGCCUCAGGUCCUGCCAGCUAUGAGUGAACUCCCCCCGCCAGUCAACUUGACCCUGACCUCCGACCAUUUCAUUCAUAUCCUGAAAUGGGCGUCAGCGCCAGGCACACCCACGGGAGUCUACUACCGUGUCGACUUCGCUACAGAGAGAGGAACCUUUUAUCCAGUAGCUGGCUGCGAGCGUGUCCAGCACCCACUGGUUUGCAACCUGACGGAGGCCUUCUCCAAGUAUGAAGAGGCCUAUUUUACCCAGGUUACAGCACGGCUGGAAACACAAACCUCACAACCGUCCACCUGCGAAGGAUUUCAACCCAUCAAAGACACUCACCUGGACCUGCCGCUGCUGACUGUGACACCAUGUAACAGAAGUCUGUGUGUGGACCUUCAGCCUCACAUGGAGCACCUGAGGGAGCACUAUGACCUGUUAAGAUACGAACUCAGGAUCCAGAGCAGAGAUACAGACAGAGACAAGUUCAUCGGCAACAUCAAGCCUCUGAGCAGGAAGAUUCUGACGGACCUGGUCCCUGGUAGACAGUACUGCGUCUCAGUCCGCUUCUCGGGCGACCUGAUCCUCAGGAACUCCAACUACAGCCAACCUCAGUGUGCCUUCGCUCCUGACGUCUACCCUGCAGACGCGUUGAUCUCUAGUGUGGUCUGUUCCCUGGUGAUGUGUGGUGUGGUCGUACUGGGCCUGCUGGGCUUCACUGGUUUCAUCUGUCUGAAACGGAGGCCACUGCCAGCAGUUCUGACAUCCAUCCGUCACUUGGAGGAGGUUCUGGUCAUCCAACUCCGCAACCCCUCCUUCUCUCCCCUCUCGAAUAUUAGAGCAACGCUGCCCUCUUCAGGCGGAAAGAGGAGCAGUCAGACACCAUCAGACGAGAGCGAUGGAGAGAGUGAAACGGAGAACACAGCUGGGAGCAAAGGAGGAGGUUAUAAACUGCGGGGGGGCACCAACCUCCUCUCUGCCUCCUCUUCAUCCUCGACAUCUUCAUCAGCUCCUUCACCCAGCUUGUCCUCAAACCCCAAAGCCGUGCUUCUCCCACCAGACUUCUUCAGUCCCCAACCUGAAGCCCAGAUAUCAGCAGCCGUACUGAACCCAACAUACAUGGCUUCGCUCUCUGAUUCCCUCCCAGAGUCAGUCCACAGUCCUCCUGCAGACACAGACAGCUCAACUGUAGAAAGAAUAGAGCUAAAGGAGGAGGAGGAGGAGGAGGAGGAAGGAGAUGGGAGCAGCCAGGCCGUGAAUCUCCUCACAUUAACUUUUGGCAGGCGUGAGGAGAAAGAGGAGGAGGAGGAGGAGGAAGAGGAGGAGGAGAAAUCACAUGUUGACAUUUCUGAGGUGGAGUCUCCCUUCGCCACCCUCAUCCUGCCCUCACAGACUGUGGACACCGAGGGGGUUGCCAUAGAAACAAUUUCCUGCUCGGUUGUCGAAGAAGAGGAAGAGGAAGAGGAAGAGGAUGCAGAGCUGUGUGGGUAUAUGAGGCGCCCAGUCUAAGGUGUCUUAAAGAAGUUAUAGAGAGCUUUACAGCUGGAACUUGCUCAGUUUUUGUCUUUUUUUUUUUUGUACUUUUAUAAAAGUGUUAAAACGGAGAGACUAUGAAGCUGACGGCGCACGUAGCAGCGCCGCUCAUUUCCAACCAAAACCACCAGUACGAACAGAUUCACUGUCUUCAGCUGCGUCAUCGUAUACAGCGACUGAGAAAACAUUAAUACUGACCCUCCCUAAUGCUCUGUCAGUGUCAGCGAUGGGGGGACAAAAUCCACAAUCUGAAUCUCAAUCUGUUCAAAAAUAUAUAUCAGAAACUAAUAUGAGGCUUCAACCAUCCAAAUUAGUAAAAUCAAGAACAUAUUUUCCACAAAGUGGGAAAUGUAUACUAAAAAGAUCUGUGGAAGAUGUUUACUUGACUGAAGUUUCAUGUUAGAUUUGCACAAAAUGAGGAUUGUAAAAACAGUUUUGAUGUUGAUUUGGGAUCCUGACUGUUGUUUUAAGACAGAUGAGAAGUGAUUUUAGGAAAAGUUGGUUCAUUCACUGUUUUUUUCUUUGUGACUUGUACGAAUCAUCACAUUUAUUUUAUGAUCGGCAUAUUUUUUGCAACAAAUCCUCUACAGUUUAGUCGUCGCUUCAGUCACUCCGACAGCUGCCUCAGUGUCACCGUGCAGUUAUACAUCACCUACUGUACUGUAUAGACUAAUGUCUUCUCAUCUAGAAUCUGUGUAACUCGACCACCGCUCCCGUCUGUCUCCUGGACCACUUUGCUUUGCGUUUUGUGGCGUCACACCAUUCACUUUUUAUUUCUGUCACAGCACACGUCACUCUGAUGACACAUUGCCGGCAGCUGAAUUUAUGUUUUGUUAUCGUUUAGCUGCUCCGCGGUUUAGACGCAUCAAACGUGCACCUCCUCAUGAGCAGGCGGCGUCGAGAGUUCGGUGAAUCUGCCUCGUACGAGCGAAGCUCACAGAAGAACAUGAGAACGAGGCCUCGUAGCAUUCCUGCCCUUAUAGUUUCCUGUAAAGUCGUGCAGCCGUGUACAUCAGCGCUUCCUCUGCUGCUAGUAGGACAGUCGAGUUACAGCUUACAACAUAAAGAAAUGAGUUUGAUUUGAGCCAGAAGAAAAGCUACUUUUUCUAAACCACAGCCUGCAAAUGUUCAUUCACUCAUUUGAUGUUUUGAUCAGCAGCUUGAGAUCUACUUAAUAAGGGAAGACUUGAUAUUUUAGCUUUUCCUCAUGCAGGGACUUCUGGGCAUUAGGAGAUGGAAUAUGUACUGUGAAGUUCAUGCAAAAAACACUUAAAUAGAGUUUUUAAUUUGUGCAGUCCAUAGUGCGUUUUUAUUUUUUCUGCAGGGAUCCGGCCAAACAUAUUUAUUAAUAUAACAACACAUGGAGUUAAUUUAGGACCUGACAGAUUGAUAGCAAAGGAAACCUGAACCCUCAGAGUAGAAGAAUAAAGGCUUAUUUGUAGGUACAUGUUAGUAUUUCACUUUCUUUAUUUUCACUUUUUCUCUAUCAGUGGUAUAGUUUUAAGUAGUCUGAGUAGGAAACGAUGAUGAUAUUUAACAGUUUGGCAGCAGCUUAAGAUGAUAUUUUAACUUCAAACAUUCUCCUUCAUCCUGCACUGAAAAUCGAAUUACUGAAAAUAGUUUGACGAUACAAAAGAAAAGGUCCAAUCAUGAGUACUGUGUUGCUUUUUUUUUUUUUUUUUUUUUAAUUUUUUGUGAAUGUGAAUGUUAGAAUUUGCCUCACAUCCAUUCAACUGCAGCCGACCUGAAUAUGUGAUGAUGUUGUAACUGGAGCUGAGACGAUCGAUUAUUUUAGCGUCGGAAAAUGGAAUCGAUUGAUCGUUCGAACAAAACUGACAAACACUUGCUGCUUUUCUUGGACUCUUGGUCAGACAAAUCAAGCGAUUUGUAUCUGUAUGUCAUGUUUUUAUUUUUGUUUGUUAUUUUUUUGGCAUUUUUUUUGCCUUUUUAUUUGACAAUUGAAAGUGCAGAGAGACAAGAAACAGAGGCAGAGACCUGCAACAAAGGUCUUGUGUCUGUAAUGGAAACACAGAUGUUGCAGUUAUUUACCAGUAGGGGGCCCCUAAUGGGCAUUUUCAACUUCUGGCAUUUUAUAGAUAAAAAAAAAAAAGAAUCAAUCAAAAAUAAUCGGCAAAUUCAUGAAUAAUGAUAAUUAUCUCUGUCGUAGUUACUGUUUUAUAGAUUUCUGUUAAAAAGGCACCUUGAGAUCAUGUAUGUUUACCAGAUGAUUUUGCACAUGUUCAGACUUUAUAGCGAGAUGAUGUUAAAAAAAAAAAAAAAAAAAAUCUCAACUAUUUGGAUUUCUGAACAGUUUUUAUAUGAUCACCGUGUAAAACCAGGUCAUUCCAAAUGUAGUGACCCAGUCGUGGAAACUUUGGUUGUUGUACAUGUAUUUGUCUUCCAGCUGUGCACCGUUUAUAAUCAGGUUGAAUUGUGACUGUAUGGGAAACAUCAGUGAAUGAUUGUUAUAUAGUCUACAACAUACUGUAUAGUCAUAUGGAUACCAUUAUGUUUUUAUUUUUCUAUCUUACUACAUGCACAGUAUUAUAAUGUUAACAAUGCACUUAUUUGUCACACGUUGCAUGAGGAUAGUGAGGUCAUGCAUGUGUUAUUGUAAGUAUACAGCCAACAUACUUGCCAUCUGUAUAACUGUGUCAACCUUUAAAACUCAUGUUAAUCAAUGUUCAGCCAUAUAUAUGUACAUUUAAAAACAAAUAAAAGUGACAUUUCAGACA